CGAACCGUCACGGUCACGAUGGCGGCGGCGGCGCGCGGGGCUCUGCGGCUUCUGCUGCUGCUGACGCUGAUAGCGGCGGCGCUCUGCACCCCCCCGAACUCCACUGAGGGGGUCUCCACUCCGGUUCCAGCAACCACAAACUCUCGAGAAUCCCACAUCAGUCAGGAACCUUUGGGAAAAACACCUGAGAAGAGCCAGGAGAAGAAGGCAACUGACGACAAGAAUGCACCCGAGGACCAGGCGAAGAAGGCAACUGACGACAAGAAUGCACCCGAGGACCAGGCGAAGAAGGCAACUGACGACAAGAAUGCACCCGAGGACCAGGCGAAGAAGGCAACUGACGACAAGAAUGCACCCGAGGACCAGGCGAAGAAGGCAACUGACGACAAGAAUGCACCCGAGGACCAGGCGAAGAAGGCAACUGACGACAAGAAUGCACCCGAGGACCAGGGGAUGAAGGCAACUGACGACAAGAAUGCACCCGAGGACCAGACGAAGAAGGCACCCGACGAGAAUAAGCCACCCGAGGACCAGGCUGCUGAGGGGAAGGCAGGUGGCGGUGGCACUAGUGAUGAGGCUCUUGAUGAAAAUGUGGUCCUCGCUGGUGACGGGAAGAUGGAUGAAGCUGCUCAACCUGGUGAGGGGAGAGAGGAGAGUGCCCCUGCUGCUCCCCCCAAAGAUGAAUCAGAGAGUAGCCACUUCUUUGCCUACCUGGUAACCGCAGCCAUUAUCGUCGCUGCCUUGUACAUUGCUUAUCACAAUAAGCGGAAGAUCAUUGCUUUUGCUCUGGAAGGAAAACGAUCAAAACUACCCCGGCGGCCCAAAUCCAAUGAAUAUCAGAGACUGGAUCAAAAGAUCUAAAUUAUCCCCAGAAAUUCCUCCACGCUGCUGACUUGGGUAAGGACUGCUGAAAAUGAAGAUACAAGGAAGUCCUGUGAUUCCCAGCAGAACAGCUCUGAAUCCCUCCAGGUCUUGGAGUGUGGGAAGAAGAGAAGUGCUUUUAGUUUUGCACCUGCACUUUGGUAACACUGACUCUUCAGUCUCUAAAUAUUUCCCCCCCUUCCCAGCUGCCUGAUGAUGAGUUAGUUUCCAGCUCUGGUCUCUUGCUUCCAUACUGUGAUGUCAGGGAAGACCCAACAAGUGGCAGAAUUUUUUUGUGCCCAAACUAUAUGGAUUUUACCUUCUGCUGUAUUGACACACAGGUCUCUGUUUAGGAGAGACCUGCCUGCUGAAUGAGCCUUCUGAUUCUCUUCGUCUAGAUUCGUGGAGCAGUCUUUAUAACCAGCAUGGUUGGUCUUGUAGCUGACAUAUGAACAUUAUCCCCUUCUGUCCAUUGUAUUUGGACUCUAAAGUUCACAGCAUGUUUGUUUGCACUAGUUCAGAAAUGUUUUUUGCCAAGGACUCUUAUUUGAUCAGUUGUUUGUUCUCUGUGAUGAAGACAAUGGUGGAAGUUAACAUCUGAUUGUCUCUUAAUGCACAUCUUUGGAAAUGUGGGUGGAAUCAGCAAUCCCUGGCCCUUUGAAUUUUGCUUGUCCACCUUAAAUGAGCUAACGGACUUGCCGAUGGUUUGUUUUUCCUGAUGUCACACCCAGAGUUCAGGUGAUUGCACUAACGAUGAUGAAAUAUUUAGAGAGUGGAUGCUGUGAAAGAAUGCAAGGAGUGUGUAUGAAGCUCUGUGCCAAGCCUCCAUGGCAAAAUCUUAAUGAACUUUGCCUCUGUAAACCUUGCUACCUCCCCCAUAGAACUGUCACAGGAACAUGGCAAUGUUCAGGUGGAAGAAAACAGUGUCACCACAUGUAGUUCAUACCCCCUUCCCACAGGUCUGUUCUUCAACCCCUAAAUUUCCAACAUAGCCUAUUUUCUUCAGUACUGAAUGGACCCUCCUGCUGAUAGAGGUCAGAUCAAUUGUACUUGCAUAAGUUGAACCUACAAGUGACAAUUCCCACUUCGUCUGGGAGGUCCAUUUUCUUUAUCCUUUGUCAAAGUGCGGAGAGUAUUUGAGAGUGGAGAUAGGGCAAGGAUAGCUGGUGACUUGGUGCAUUGGACAGAUGAUGGCAGCAUUUCAUGCCUGAGUCGCGUAGCAGCAGUAUGGCUCCCUUACGCAGACAGCUGUGAAACAGAUGUCUUUACAAGGCAUUGUAUUUGCACAAUGUGGAGAGCUGUGCAAUAUGGGCUCUGGCCUAUGUCAUUCAUUCCUCAAACUGGGAGUGCUGUUAUGCCAUCGUGCACGGCAGCUCCCCCACAGAGCCCAGGAGAGAGGCUUGUUGGGCUAGUGCAGAAAUAUUUCCUCCCAAGUAGAUGGCAGAUUGAAAAUAUACAGAAAGGGAUUUGUUCGGUGUAACAGAAUAUCUUCCUGCAGAGUCGUCUACAAGAUGUCCCCUCUCCUCUUCCUUUGACCUUGGCCUUCCUCAGCUCUGAGUUGUGCUUUUAUUUAGUUGAACGUUCUUAUAACCAGCCACACCAUGCAGAGCUGUUACCUCAGUGGUGUUGUGGAACUGUUAGAUUCCUUGUCUGCUUAAACCAAGGGCUGGUGCAUACUGAUAUUGCUUAUAUUUCUGAUAUAAGGCCUGGAAAAAGUAUCGAAUGAGGCCCACUAUGUAUUCCUGUCUCUAUUUUCAUAGUUAUAUUCCACAAGGCCUUUAUGGUUGAGACUAGGAAUGUUUGGGAAAUCUGUAUAUGGUGGCUGGCUGGCUGGCUUGUUCUUUUAUCUUUUAUUUUCUUUAUUUCUCGGUUCUGAGUUUUACAGAAAAAUUGCUGUGACACACAACUGCAUAGGAGGAAACUUAGAAUACAUAUUGAAGCCUGGAUGUGAAAAGCUACAGCCUCAUUUUCAAUGCACUUGUCAGCCGAUUGAGGCACAGGGAAGAAUCUUUCCUCCAUCUUGGGCAAAUUGCUAUUUAGUAGUUGGGUUACUUCUCUUAGCAUGUUCCAAAAAUGGUUGAUGAGGCAAACCUUCCCCGGUCUCUUCCUCCUUGGUGUUUACAGCAUUCGGUGACCUGCAGUAACACUACUAGACUGCAGUAAUACUUAAGACUGCAUCUGGGCUAAGAAAUCUCCACAUUUGGACAUUAAAGCCAUGGCUGAUAUUUUCAGAGUUUCGUUUUCCACAGAGGAGGGAGAGGGAUGUGUAUGCAGAACUUAACUUAUUUAAAAAAGAAAACCAAAGCAACUUACUUUUACUGAAAGACAUUAGCUGAAGUAUGUGCGUGUGUGUGUUUGAUGGGGGGGGGGGGAAUCAUAUAUUUGUUUAAAUCUAUUUGGAAGCUGCCCCUGAGAAAGAUGACUUUUCUGGACUCUGAUAUGGGAGAUCCUCACAGAGCCAUUUUUGGGAGGUGGGGGGAGCAUCCUGCUCUCAGGAGGAAAAAAAGGUCCUGGAAUGUAACCUCUGAAGGAAAUGCACCUUCUCAAAGGCAGGGAACUUGUGUGCAACAUAACUGUGCUAUUUAUUUCAAAGACAACAUAUAACAUGUUUCAGGAAGCCUGUGAUGCUGUGUUCUAUGGCCUGUUUAUUUAAGGGGUGCAGAAUUUGAGGCUGUGAUUUCACAUGUUUUUAUGAUAGAGACAAAAACUUGAAGACAUGAUAAAUGUUGCAAUUCUUAGCCACACCUGCCUGCUUUCCUGGGAAUUUCUGUUUUUAUUUUUUGCCUGCUUUGUCCCCCUUUGAAUCAGAAAAAAAUUUGGAAGGAUUUGUACCAAACCUGUUUGUUUUGUCACGGAAUCUGGAGGCCUCCUUACUUCAGCCUCUUCAACUGACCGUUUUAUUUUAAUCUGAAAAUCUUUCUGCUUUGUUUUGGAAAUGCCACCUCAUAAAGGUUCCUGCAGGCAUGGACUAAUGAGGAGCCAUGGCCCUGUGAGAGCCAGGGCCCUUCUGUCUAUGUACUGUUAGCAGUACAGUCUAGAAUGUGCAGAGAGAACUAAGAUACAGGGAUAGUUCCUACGCUUCUGUCAGACUAACAAGAAUGUCCAUAGCUUGUGUGUAGGAGCAUUUUCCAGUUUGCCAUGUGUCUGGCAUGUGUGCUGGCUCAACAGAAAUGCAUAGCACACAAUAAGUGCAAAUUCCACAGGGUAGUAAAGACACCACAUGUGGCCAGGAACAAUCGGUAUUUAUAGGACAGCUCUUAACCUGGAUCUCUGCAGCUACUGUGCUGUUCAUACCCAUAGAACAGCUCUUCAAAUGUGGUGCAGCUCUGUACAUUUCCAAGCUAUUGGUGAAGGAUUCAAACGUAGUCCCCUCCUGAUAGCCUCUCAAUUUGAGUGCAUACUAUUUCUAAUGACAGUUGCUGUAAUUCUCGAAUUGUACGAAAUCUCUGAGAAUGAUCUCCAUGUUUCAUUGAUUUCUGUGGUAUUAAACUUUAUGUAAGAUAUUCUACAAGUCUCAAACAGGGAAAGGUACGAAUAAGUUUCUGCUCUGUUCAUAGAUGGCACAAACUUCAGACUAACAGAGUCUGCUGGAUACAUUUCUUACCAAAUGUCAUUACUCUACUAGGCCAGCUAUGUUCCCAGGCUGACUUCAUGAGUUGUUUGGUUUCUACUGCGGUAAAAUGAGACUCGCUUUGAAGAAUCAGAAUUUUCUAACCCUUUGUACUUUUCUGUGUGGUGAAGUCAAUAAAUGGACACAAUAAAGAAAUGUAAUUUCACCCUUCUA